UUGUUAAACCGAUCUCGCAAACUCUCUCUCUCUAGAUAUUGUCUCUCUUGUUUGUGUGUUCCUGUCUCUGUCAUUGUCAUUGUUACAUUAACCAAAUCAAAACUCCAAAAUUCAACCUUUCUUCAUUUCACAUCUUCAUCACACAAAAAUUUGAUUUUUUUUUUCUUUUCAGUGAAGAAAACAAUAAACUAUGGAACCAGAAAGAUCAAAACCACUACACAACUUUUCAUUCCCAUGUUUGAAAUGGGGUAACCAAAGAACACUAAGAUGUGUCAAUGAAAACAACAAUUCCAACAACAACAACAACCCAUCUCUCAAAAACAAUGAAUCCAUUGAUGUUGUUCGUCAAAGGAUCAUGGGUGAUCUCAAAAUCGCUGCCAAAAAGCUUAAAGUUUCAAUCUUUGAAGAAAAUGGUGCUGUUAAUGAUGUUACCAAUGUUAAUGGCCAUGUUGGUCAUGCUGGAAAUAAUGUUGUUGCCAAUGAUGUUGUUGGCAAUGGUGAUUCUAAUGCUGUUAGGCCUUGGAAUUUGAGAACAAGAAGAGCUGCAUGUAAAGCACCACUGGUACCGACGAUGCCGUCGGUACCUGUGGUGAAAGAUGAAGGGAGGAGGUUUUUUGAUGUGGGGUGUUCUUCACCUUCUUCUUCACCUUUGAUGAUGAAGAAGAAGAAGAUGGUGAAUGAGAAUGAGAAAGUUAAAUUUUCUGUUUCUCUUUCUAAGGAAGAGGUUGAAGAAGAUUUUUGGGCUUUGGCUGGGACUAGACCACCUAGAAGGCCUAAAAAGAGAUCUAGGAUUGUUCAGAGACAAUUGAAUACACUUCUUCCUGGGAUGUGGCUGUCGGAGGUUACUGCAGAGUCAUACAAAGUUUCUGAAGUUCCUGAAUGAGGAGCUUAAAUGAAAAACAAAACUGGAUUCUGGAUGUUCCCAAAUGUUUUUCUUGGUGACUUCCUUCGACAAUGUCACAUAAAUAAUGGUAAUUUCCAAAUCAUCAAUAUGUAAAUCAAAAGAUCAACUCAAUAAUCAUGAAAUUUUGAUAUUUUUGCAUUUGGUUAUUUGAAUGUUGUAGCUUACAGAUUCUAUUGAUCAACUUAUUUGAAAUAAUUCUAUUCACCAUCAAAUUGUUAGAGUCCUGUAGUUUAUUUAAUCCUAUGUUGCUCACUGAAGAAAGUGAACUAUCAUUUUUUGUGUAUCGUAGUAACUAGUGAACAAUCAAGUUGUUGGUCACCGACCACGCAACAAAUUCGUUAUUUUUUUAGCAGAAUAGCGAAUAAUUUCUGUGAUGAACUUCAUUGA